UGGGAGCCUGUUACGUUUGAACAGACAGCAGACUGCGAGGCAAGAUCCCUUUAUUCAAAGAAUGCACAAAGGUGUUGCUAGGAUGUGGCCAUUUAAGAAAAAACCUGAACAACCACCACCCCCAGAGAAUGAGACAGCCUGGAGGACCAUGGAUUGGAAGAGUGAUAAACAAAAACUUCUGACAACAAUUAAAAGUUUCCAACCUGGGAACCCAGAGGUCGACACUCUGAGAAUUCUUUUGCAUGGACCAGUUGGUGCUGGAAAAUCCAGCUUCUUCAACUCUCUGGAUAAUGCUCUACUGGGCCGCAUCACUACCAGAGCCUUGGCACAUUCAGUCCAAACUGAUCGAAGUUUCACUGUCAAGUACCAAACCUACAAACUGAAAAAGGACGAAUUUGGCUCUUACUAUCCUCUGACUUUCUCUGACAUUGCCGGGAUGCAGAGUGAAGGAGGAAUAAGAACUGGUGACAUCAUCAAAAUAUUAGGUGGUCACAUCACCAGUGGAUAUACUUUUAACCCAAGAAGUUCAAUUACUGAAGAUGAUCCAAAGUAUAACAGGGAACCCAACCGAAAAGACAGGAUUCACUGUCUAGUGGCUGUUCUUCCUGCUAAUACUGUUUCCAUGACAGAUGAUGACAUAUUAAAGCAAAUGAGAGAAGUUCGGGAGAAGGCAAGAGACUUGGGCAUUCCUCAAGUCAUAAUCAUGACCAAAGUGGAUGAAGCAUGUCCACUAGUCAAAAGUGAUCUACAGAAGAUCUACACAAGCAAAAAAAUAAAACAAAAGAUGGAGGAGUGUUCUGUCAAGCUGGGAGUUCCUGUGAGCUGCAUUUUUCCUGUGAAAAACUACCAUGAGGAAAAUGCCACAAAUGUCAUUAUGGAUAUUCUGAUUCUGGAUGCACUGAAAAAUAUUGUUAACUUUGCUAAUGACCAUGUGGAGCACAAACUAGUCAGUGGAGAAGAUUCCUGAAAUCAGAGUUCUUAGGCUGUGUAGGUUGUUUGCAGAUGGGUUUCAGUUAUGUUUCUUGUUAGUUAUAGUGAUAACACUUAACAAUAACAGUACAUCAAUAAUGGUGUAUUAAUAUGUAAACUGAACAUUAC